CGCGACUCUCCAUAGGGCCCGUGAAAGGAGCAGUUAGUCUCAUACUGUCACCAAGUACGCUUUGCGGCUCAGAGCUCAAAUUCAUUGUUCAAAUCUCGGCGUAGAGCACUCUCGUGGCAUCUCUUUCCGUAACCAUGAACACAAGCUUCGUCGGUCAAGACCCCUCCCUCAAUGUCCCCUUCUACUUUACGUAUAAGCCCACCGUGUUCGACGGAAUUCCUGACCACUACGCCGCCCUCGCCGCACCCGUCAUCGCGUAUUGGUCGCUUUCCCUCGUGUUCCACUUCCUCGACCAAUGCCAAUGGAAGUGGCUCGACAAGUACCGCAUCCACGAGUCUGCCGAAGCUCAAUCGUUGAACCGAGCCUCGCAAACUCAUGUAAUUUCAAUGGUCAUCUUUCAACAUGUCAUUCAAACCAUCCUUGGGUACCUUUGUCUCUCAGAGAGCCACCCUCCGACACAAUCUGGAGUUGCUCUGGGACUACAGUCGAUGGAGAACACAUUUGCUUCGGUGGUAUACAGGAUAAUAGGCUCGGACGCUGGUGCAGCGUUCAUGGAGGAGCGAGGUGUCUUCUGGGCACAUUGGAUAUAUUGGUGGGGCAAGCCCGCAACACAACUCCUAUUCGCCAUGCUCGUCAUUGACACCUGGCAAUACUUCCUUCACCGCUGGAUGCACGUCAACAAAUCCCUAUACAGACACAUACAUUCCGUUCAUCAUAGGCUUUAUGUCCCAUACGCUUUUGGGGCUUUGUACAACCACCCACUCGAGGGCUUCCUGCUCGACACUCUCGGCGCCGUCAUUGCCGAGUAUCUUACGGGUUUGACAGUGCGCCAGACGAUUUUGUUCUUUGCCUUCAGCACCUUGAAGACCGUCGACGACCACUGCGGAUAUAGUCUUCCAUUCGACCCUCUCCAAUUGGUUAGUGGGAACAAUGCGGAUUACCACGACAUACAUCACCAGAAAAUUGGGAUCAAGUCAAAUUUCUCCCAGCCUUUCUUCAUUCAUUGGGAUGCAAUCCUGGGCACGCGUAUGACUCGAAAGGACAUCGAAGACCGGCGGAAAAAGACUGCAUGAACACAACUCGUUCGCCGACUCACCUUGAUCCUCUUUGUUUUUGGCUUUUAUAUGUAACUAGCGGAAAGGAACAUACAGUAUAUCUAAUGUAGUUCUCGAGAAUGUGUGAUAUAGACAUAUUUUCUAGUAUACCUCGUCUUCCCUGCUCUGUCGUCGUUUCCUAUUGUUUUAUUAUUAUUACUUUUAAUGUUUAUUACUUGCUUUGCGUAAUUCAAACACGGCCUUCUCAACUUCU